AUGCUGACGACUGUGGCGCUCGAGUCGAUGGAGACAGAGCACAAGUCCCGCCGCCGCCCGCCCGUUGAUACUAAUAGGCUCGGCGGCUAUAGUCCUCUGAAUGAGCAGUUUGCGCCUCAUCUCACAGCUGUAGACCUGACAGUUCCUGCACCAAUGGCGUUCUUCCUCCUGCCGCACCUUUGUGCUUAUUCUUCUCUUUCAUGGACCACCAGCACUACUACAACGACGGGCGUUGCACAGUCCCGAUGGGCUGAUGCUCCCGACCCAAACCAACCCUCCAAUCAACCUCCUCCGCACUCCCAACCCGCCAACGCGUACUAUUCAUCACAUCCAUUCGAGUACCAAGGCCACUCAUCGCAGUACUCUGAGUACACGGAUGACUAUGCGACGAACAACUCCCAGCAAUUCAACUACCAGCACAACACAUCCUACGGCUACGACUCAUCUCAGCCACUGUACGACAAUGGCCACAUUAACUUCCCGCCAAAUGUAGCCGAUGCCAUGGGUUCCAACCCCGAUCUGGCCAACUGGAUGGCAAACUUGCGCCUCGCUCACCAGAACGAACUCGACCGCCAGUAUCAGCAACAACAAGGACUUUUCCACCAGCAGCAACAACAAGCUGAACAACUUUUCCAACAAAUGAACCGGGAGUACAUGCAGAUGCAGGCCCAACGCGAUGCAGCGUUCGCAGCUGUCAAUGCCCAGGCACAGGCGCAAGCACAAGCGCAAGCACAGACACAGGCUUCUCCCUCCAGUGUACCAAAGGCCCCGGACAUGUCAUCGAGCAACACAACAUCGUCGAGCCAAGCCAAGAAGAAGAAGAAAUCAAAGGCCAAGGGGGCUCCACCUGCUUCGACUCAACCACAAGCUGGUUCAAAGUCCUCAGAACCAUCUUCGGCUGCAGCACCAGCUCCAGCUCCACCUCCGAAAUCUUCGCACCAAUCUACAAUGGGAGCAACCUCAUCUCAUCCUUCCCAGUCUACAACGGGCUCUAGUACAGCUUCAGCAAAGCCCACUUCAAAGCCUAAACGUGUUCGCAAACCAGCAGAGCAUCAAAUUCUGAAGAAAGAGCUCGACAAGGAAACCGACCCAUUCAAGCGAGCCCUAUAUCUCCAUAUACGUUUCCUUUGGGGAAAUUUGGAAUCGACCUCUGCACCGGCUUCUGCGUCACCAGAAACUGUCGAAACCUUUAAUCGUCGCUUUCGAGGAUAUUCUGUUAAGGAUAUGUCACGAAUUGGUAUGCACGGUGCCAAGAAUUUCGUUGAGCCUGCUGAUGUACGGAUCCUCAAAAAGUUCUCACAGCUUGGUGACACACCCAAGCUUGCCAUCUGCGGUAACCUAGCACGUUUCGGCAUUAUCCAAUGGGCCCCUGACUUUGAACAACCGGCUGACUCCUUGUACAACGCAACGAUGCGUGUUGCUGCCAUCGACACCUUGCGGCUCAUGAUCGCCAGUACUGCAUACGACUUUCUCGACAUCGGCGACACCUCAGCUAUCAAUGCGAUCGAAUUCAUGAACAACUUAUUCAACCACUUCGUCUUCCACUAUAUGCGCGAGAAGUGGGCCAAAGAAAUACGAAAUCCCGGUGCAAAUAAUGUCGAGGCUGAUCGGAAUACAGCAUCUCAUGCCCGUAACCGACGCUGUGAACGUCGAGUCAACUAUGUUGAAGCUCCAGACUCCUGUGUCCCCGAAGGUGUCCAGAUGCUAUUUGAACCCAAGGCAACAUCUGAUGACGAAUCUGGGCCCCGUGCCCUUCGCCGACCUGAACGGUCUAUCGAUGCUGACAAUAUCAUACACGCAGUCGACGACCUAAUCAUCACAACCUUGGCAAUGAAUAACCAAACACAGGCAGCCAAUAAAUUGAGGCGUCGUGUUGUUCCUGAGCUAUCAAAACGGGGUCCCUCUCGUUUUGCAACGUUGCCAAAGAAUAUGCCCAUUCAAUACUACGACCCUACAGAAUUCAACCGACUUCCACCUGGCAUUCGUGCCAAGAUCGCACCCAAACGGAUUGUCGCUUUUCAGCCCGGCUCUGUGGACUUCUCAAAGCGGAGUGAUACUGGCUCAAUGACUAUUGCAGAACUCACCCGCAAGUAUGGCCCUACCGUGUUUGCCCAGUAUGAUGUUGUCGAUGUUGGCCCAUCAUCUGGCGCGACACCUUCCAACGCAACACCCCCCAACGCGACACCUUCUAACGCAGCACCUUCCGAUGCAGCGCCAGCAGCCACUGCAGCAUCUGCACCUCCACCAGCCGAAACCACUUUAAGUGAUGAUGAGGGCGAGAGCGUGGGUAGUGAUGAUACCGAGGGUGGUGUCGAAGAGGAGGAGUCGGAUGCUGGAAGUAUCCAAGAAUUUAUCAGCGAUGAUGAAGAUGAGGCGGGAAGUUCCGGGUAUUCCGACGAUGCAGAGGGAGAAUUUGAUAGUGAAGAGACAUACAAGGCUGUCAAAGAACUCGAUGCCUCAGGCUUUCAACUACCGGCACAUUUCGACCGUGCUGGCCGUGUGGCUGACGUUCGUCUGGGUUGGCCUCUCGGCGAAGAGCAAGCGGAGAAAAUCGUUGAAUGGGCUGAAGAAAAUGACUGGCAAAGUCUCGGUGUGGAUGGCAAGGUGGACAUAUCGACCACUGUGCAUUCUGUCGGGGGCCAGUUUGCACGCUCAGUGGGCUUUGUUGGCGGUGUGAAAGCUGUCUAUGAACUGGGGAAACCCGGCUCCUACAAACCGGCAACCAUACUUUGGGUGGACAAAAACUCGACAACGCCGGAAGACCGCUACACAGAGGAGCAGUGCCUGAAGAUCGCGAAAAGACUUGGGUUUGAAGGGCUUCCUAAGUGGUAUCUAGCCUUGAGCUGA